UGCCUUCUCCGCCUUUGAGAAGGGAUGGGCUUCAAGUUUUACGCUCCAGCUUCCCUGUUCCUCCUCCUGUUGUCACUCCCAGCUUUCGCCUACGGCUGGGGAGUAGAUGGCCAUGCCAUCAUUUGCCAGAUAGCACAAGAUCGUUUAAGUGAUCCCGCAGCAGCUGCAGUGGAGGAUCUGCUCCCAAACUACGCCAAAAACAAUCUCAGCCGCCUCUGUUCAUGGGCGGAUCGUGUCAAGUUCCGAUACAGGUGGUCCUCUCCGCUGCACUACAUCGACACACCUGACGGCCUCUGCACUUACGAUUACGACCGGGACUGUAAGGAUGAAGAUGGGGUGAAGGGCAGGUGCGUCUCGGGUGGCAUCACAAACUAUACCAAUCAGCUUCUCGACUACGGAAACUCUUCUUCUGAAUCCCAAUAUAAUCUCACGGAAGCACUGCUGUUCCUUGCUCACUUGAUGGGUGAUGUCCAUCAGCCACUGCAUGUAGGUUUUACCACAGACAGAGGAGGAAACACCAUUAACGUCCGCUGGUACAGAAGGAAAUCAGUGCUCCACCAUGUCUGGGAUGACAAUAUCAUUGAGACAGCGGAAGAGCGAUUCUACAACGACAACGUGGAGGAGUUCACUGAAGCCAUCAAACAAAACAUCACGGGAGAGUGGUCAGAUCAAGUUGCGAAAUGGGAGAAAUGCAGCGACAACAAAGUCGCAUGUCCAGACGUAUACGCAUCUGAGAGCAUCGAGGCAGCAUGUGAUUGGGCAUACAAGGAUGUCAAGAACAAUACACAGUUGGAAGAUGACUAUUUCUUGAGUAGAUUGCCUGUUGUGAAUCUGAGGCUUGCAGAGUGUGGAGUUAGAUUAGCUGCAACACUCAAUCGCAUAUUUGGGUGAUGGAUGAAAGGUUGCAUCCUUUGGCUUUGCUUUGUUGUGCUUCAUUCUGAAGUGUGCCAAUCCAAACUAUUAAAGGUAGCAUGCAAAAGAACAUAUGUUUCUAUCUUGUGCUGUUAAAUUGUUUGGCAAUCUCAUGUUCAUGUCUAGUAUAAUAAAACCUCUAUUUGGAACUGCUCAAA